GCCAGUGAAAAAUGAUUGGAUUGAAUGGUGUACUUACUUGGCAUCUCAGGAGGGGUGUCCUUUUUGACAUAUUUACCAACAACCCCUUCCCUGAUCGUCCGAAGAUCCUUGUUUUUCCUGGACAGCAUUUUUAUCGAGUGUUAUGGAUCACAGGUUGACAAUUAGUCAUGUUCGGGAGCGCCUAAAUUCUGCCAAAAUCCCGAAAAAAUAAUUGUGGUUAUAUUAUAUAAACACCUAGCUGGUUUCCAGGAUGUUCUUCUGGAUUGACUUCCUAGCAGGAUGGGCAGGAGGGAUAGCCAGUUUGAUAGUCGGGCAUCCCUUGGAAACUAUCAAAGUUAGACAGCAGACUUACAAUACUACCCUUCUUCGAACUGUUCGACAAACAUUUAAAUGUGAGGGUAUUUUUGGUUUCUAUAAAGGAAUAUUCCUCCCUAUUUUCACCUAUGGUCCAUCAAAUUCUCUAUUUUUCGGAGUAUACGCCAACGCUCUGAUACUGAUAGGAAAUCUAGACCAUGCCAGUUGCAUAUCUUCCGGAACGUCAAGGGAUAUCUACAUAGCAGGAUGUAUAGCAAGUAUACCACAAACACUGUUAUAUUCCCCAAUAGACAAUAUAAAAAUUAUUAUGCAAGCAAGCUUAGCAGCGCCUGAAUUUAGAAAAUUUGAUGUAUCGAAAACAGAGGUUGCCCCUGCGUUUAGAAAUACGCUAGAAGCAUUUAAAUAUAUUUAUAGAACUAGAGGAUUGAUCGGUCUCUAUACUGGAUUAUGGGCCACAAUGGUAAGAGAAGUACCAACCGGUGGCAUUUACACUCUAGUACACCAGAGGCUGAGAUAUCACGAUCUUCAAAAUACAUCUCUUAGCAAUUUAUCGAAAGAAAUAAUAGCAGGAGGCAUGGCAGGAAUUUUAUCCAUAUCUGUCGCAGUACCAAUAGAUGUUGUGAAGACACGCAUACAAACAGACAACAAACGUUACUUCGGCAUAGUACAAACUGGAUUCAAGCUAUACAAAGAAGCAGGCAUAACGAUAUUUUUCAAAGGGAUGAUCGUAACUUGUUUGAGAGCAUUUCCGGCACACGCUGCGAUGUUCACGACAUACGAAUUUGUAAGUGGUCUUUACGAUAAAAUGAAAUAAACGUGUAUGCCAAAA